UCAAAUUUCACUCAAUGAGUUUGGAUUAACUUUCUGUGUAGUUAGGUUGGAUUUUCACGGAACGAAAACAAUCGCUGCUUUUCGGUGAAAAAUCUGUGGUUAGCCUCGUUCUAAGUGUUCGUGUAAAUGUCGCUAUGAAACGUAGCACUUUGACUGCUGGUUGGUAGAUUAUUGCACGGCGGGGCACAGCAGGAGGGGAUUGAGAGGUUCAAUCAACUCUUGGAGAUUGGCUGGUGGCGCACGGAAAAGAUGAAUGGCAGUAUCGUGAAGUAUUUUAAAUCUCCAAAAGCGGAGGAAGGAGAGCAGAAGAAAGAUGAAAAAGAACCGAAAGUGGACGAAGGUGGUUCUGCGGAAGAACAGGCAGGGCCCAGUAAGGUAGUAGCACCGUCCAAAAGUGACGUCGAUCGGAUGAUUGCUGAGAAUAUGGCAUCGGUGUUGAAGUCGCUGAAGAAGAAGCGCAGUCACAAGUGCAGGAAGAGACGACGGAAUGAGGACCGGAAGGAAGAGAAGGAAGACGAAUGCCAACAACAUCCGGAUGAGGGUGGUGACGAAGAUACAGUUGUAGAGCUAGGUGAAGAGAAAGAUCCCCCGAGACGAUCACCCCGCAAAACGCAGAAGCAGGAAGUCGACCUGGACGAAUCGAAGGUGGAGCCAAAGCAGGAACAGGACAGCAAGAAAAUGAAUGCUUUUCAGGUGAUGAUGAGUUCGAGAAACAAAGCUAUCGGUUCAAAUUCUCCUGGAAAAGAUGACAGUGGUGGGGAGGUGCUGAAUCCGGAGGAAGAGAAGAAACGAACCGCGAAUGUGAAACGGAAGCUCAAACUGGAGGAAUGGGCGGAGAAGAAGGGUGCUGGAAAGCGUAGGCUACAGGAAGAGGCUGAAGAAGAAUUUAUCGCGAAUCAAAUGAAUCGACGUGCCAAGCGAUUUAAAAAAUUGAUUCGUAAUAUGGAAGUGCCGGAAGAUGAAGAUGAAGAAGCUGUCGUUCAGCAGAAGGAAUCGCCUAGGAGAAGUGCCAGACCGAGGAAGGAGCAGUCUCCCAAAAAGGUUGGUUUAAAGUUGAAUGAGAAGCGAGGUCGUCGGAGGUUUUCCUCGCAUGAUGACGAUUCGACGCCGGCGUCGUCGGUCGUAGAAACCGGCGAGAAUUCCCCAGCCAGAAAACCCGAGUCGGACGAGUUUGUGUGCAAACUAAAUUCUCCGCUGAAGAAGAAGGACAGUCUGCUCGGGUACUUCAAUAAGGUCGACAAAUCGCCGGAGGAGGCGAAACCGUCGGAAGAGACUACACCGAAGUCGAAGCGUGGCCGCCAACGCAAGACUCCAGUGACCAACGACAUGGAAGUAGUCGUCGUCGUCGAAGUUCAGGAGGACGCCCAGAAUGAGAACGAGAGUCCUCUGAAAACAAGUGGACGGCCUCGAAGGUCUUGCACUGGGAAGGUUAAAGAUUAUGCCAUUUUAAACGGAAUCAGUCCGGAGAAGGAAUCGUCCGGAACGAGGCGCGGUUGCAGGAAGGUGAUCGUGACUCCGUUGAAGAUCGUGAAUGUGAAUUCGUCUUCCGAAGGCAUGAAAGUGGUCAAGUCACCUUCGCUGAGAAGCUUGGGUGUUGAGCCAGAUGAGACGCCUAAGUCGACCCGGAAUGUGAAAUUGGCCCCACUGUUUGUGAAGAAGCCCGUCGAAGAUCCGGAGAAAAUCCGUGCUCGGCAAAAGUUCUUGAUGUCUGGAAUUCCGGAGAAGAUGCGCCUGGAGAUUGAAAAGCAGCGAAUUUUUGAGGAAUCAAUUUUGAAUGAGUCGCCGGUGUUUCCGCUGAUAAGCCACGUUCAACAGCUGGUCUCUCCUGGUAGAAAGUGUGAGCGAUCGCCGCUUCGAAAGUGUAAAAUCAAAAUCAAGCCAGAGUCGCCAGAGAAGCUCAAUGAUCCGGACAAAGAGGAAGAGUUCGAAUUUUCUACCUUGAACAACUGCGACGAUUCCGUCGUGGAAGACAUCCUGGCUAAACUUAUUGGCUACGGUGAUUCUGAAGUGACCUAUAGCUACAAUCUGCCCAAAAUAAGCAAUGUGAAGGAUAUCGUUCGGGGGUGGAAGCAGACCUAUAAACAUUUUCCCGUUUUCAAAUGCUAUAGGCAAUUCAAAUCUAUGUGCGAGGAACAUCUGCAAGAGGAAGACCUUCCUCCGAUGCUGCUGAAGGGUCGUAUAGCCGUGGAGGACGUACUCCUGGACAAUAGUUUGGAAUUUGUCGAACAGAAACUGUCGUAUCGCAACGGCGAGCUGCUUUUUACGGAGAAGUACAAACCGCUUAAUCCGGAUCACAUACUGGUAAAUUGUCAACCGGCAAUCGCCUUGAAGAAAUUUCUCUCCAGCUGGAAGGAAGACCGCACUGAAAAUCCGUAUGAUUCCGAAGACGAAUUCGAGAACUCCAAUUCCAGCAUGUCGUCUAAUUCGACGCACAUUCUCAAUCACAUCGUCUUAGUCGGCCCUUCGGGAUGUGGAAAAACCUCCAACGUCUACGCCGUGUCCAAUGAGAUGAAUUUCAACGUCCUGGAACUUAACGCCAGCAGUCGUCGAAAGGGUAAGAUCAUCCUCCAGGAAUUACAGGAAGCCACCCAAAGCCACCAAGUCCGCAGGAAGGACGAAGCCGUAGAUGUUUUCAAAAAAUCCCGUAAGCCAACCAAGGCCAAGACAGAACCUCGCACGUCGUCCAUCGAUUCUGAAGGCUCUUCCGGAUCAAAGAAGCUCUCGUUGAUCCUGAUCGAAGACGCUGAUAUCGUGUUUGAACAGGACGAUGGAUUCGUUGCAGCUAUAAACCAGCUAAUCGCCACUUCCAAACGUCCCAUUGUACUAACCACGACGGACCGAAAUUGUCCGCAUCUGACUCGAUUUAUCUCCAACAAUGUGAUCCGCUACGUCGCCCCGGGAAUUUCCCAUAUCGCCAAACUCCUUUCCAUCAUGGCCUUGGUCGAAAACGUCCAUUUGGAUCAAUCGGAGCUGGCUCGACUGUACGCUCUCAAUCGGAAGGAUCUCCGGAAAACCAUCAAUGAACUGCAAUUCUUUAUCCAAAGCGGAGGCGAUCGCAGCCUCGGGAGUCAACCGUUGCUUGUGGAAGAACCGGAACUCCGUUUGUGUGAAGAAAAACUUCCUCCGUCGAUGCUGGACGAUGACGCUUCGCGACAAUCGACCGCUUCCUCAUGCCACUCGGACGAAACUGCCCCGGCUCGGAAACAUGCGUCCCUGUUCCGCCUGUUCAGCCGGAACCAGAACGAGCAGCAACUGAUCCGGGCGCCCAUCAACUUCGACAAUCUGUGGUGCAAUAUGGAGCGGGUGUUGACGUUGGCUCGUCCUGCCGUGUCGCUCGCUGCUAUGCCUAUCAAGCGUAAGAAGGGCAGACCGCCAGCGGCUGCGGCGGCGGAGGUGGUUUUGAAAGAUCAUAAGAUCACAGAACUGGAGGAGUUGGUGUUCUUCUACGAGAAUGUUUCGACGGCGGUGUUGAUCCAGAGGGAUUCCCGGACACGCGAGGACAGAUUGGUAGACCAUCUGGAGGAGGAGAUGGCGCAUGAAUUGGUCGAGAGAUGCUGGGAACGUUGGUUCGAGGGGGAGCUGAAACCCGCGCCGAAGGAUAAGCGACGCAGCGGUGUGGGAGCCAUGUGCUACGACAGUCUGAAGCAGUUUGACGGCGAUGAUUGCCAAACGAUCUCCACCUACAUUGGCAUCAAUUCGAUACGAACCCGUUCCACGUACUGCGACUACGAACCGUACCUGCGGACGAUCUGUCGCUGUGAACGGGAACGAUCCCAAGUGGAACGACGAGGCAGCCGGUUCUACCACUACUUCCGCAAUUUCGUCAACUGCAAUCCAAUGGUUAGCACCAAUAAUGCCGGUAGCAGCAGCAGCAGCAUGUCCCAGAUAACCAACUUUACUGUUGACCAUUUCGAUGUUCUGAGCACUCGCUUCGAGGAGGAGCUGAUUCCGAGUCAGAUCACCCAGGCAGCUUUGGGGGAUUCAUCCGAAGAGAGUCGCUAGAGAGCCGCGCAAUCGUGUUACUUAGGACAAAAGUCAGUUAUAUCGUUCCGUUCGUUUCCCCUUAAGGACUCACACUAGUGUAGGUAGUAAUAUUUAUUCAAAAAAAAAAAAAAAAAACAAAAAUUCUCGACACAAAUUCGUCUCAAAAUAAGUAAUAAUCUAUAUAACCGGUGUUACACGAUGUAAUAAGCAUAUCUCUCCCCGUUCGUUGGUGAUUAAUAAAAGCAAAAUUAAUCGUAGUACUGAUUGACAA